AUGUCCAACAACCGUCCAUUCCUCGCCAACUUCCUGGCCGCCUUUCGCGCCCAGUCAAACUACAAGCCCACCACCCAACAAGUCGGCACCACAACCUCAACCCUCUCCCCCUCCCAAAUCUCCCAGAGCGCCCGCGCCAUCGCCACAAAAGCUGCAAACUCCGCCCAAGGCUCCUCAGCACCAUCAUCCGCUUCCGCCGCAGCUCACCACACCCACCAUAACCACCACCACACCCAUACCCACACAUCCUCUCCCACCUCGGCAACUACAGCACCAGCCGGUCCAGUCCAAGGCCCAAGCCCAGCAGCCCCUUCACACCACUACCACCACGACCAACCAUCCCUCCCCUCCACACCACCAUCAUCCACCUCAACACCCAUCCCGAUCAACCGUGAUUCUGCAGACCGCCAGCGUCGCGGGAGUGACUCAUCCAGUGGCUCUGGCGGGUUCCGCGAUGCUAUCGGUCCGGAGAAGUGGUAUAUUGGUGGGAGAACGCCGGCUGGUGAAGAGCGCUUUUAUCGCCUCGGGAUGGUUACGAAGGGUGGGGGGCGGCUUGGCGGGAGCGGGCGGGUGGGGAGUAUUGAUCAGUUGAGUCUUUGA